GGUCAAUUAAAAUCAUUUCCUAUCAUAUAUAAUGUUUAAGAAAUUCACCAAGGAAGACGUUCAUUCCAGAUCAAAUAUCAAAUCCUCUGUUCAAAGAGGUUUAAAGACCAAAUUUGUAUCACAAUUUGAACUUUUGGAGCCAGUGAUCGAUGACAUUAUACCGAAAAAAUCACAAGCAAUCCUCAUCAAAUGUGAAGAUAAGAUCCAAUUAUAUUCCAUUGAUGAAGAAGUUGUCGUGUUCCAACACUUUGAUGACUUGAUUCCAACUUUGAAGGUUGUCCACAAGUAUCCACAAUGUUUCCCUCGUGUCCAAGUCGAUAGAGGUGCCAUCAAGUUUGUCUUGUCUGGUGCAAACAUCAUGUGUCCAGGUUUAACUUCUCCAGGAGCUGCCUUGCCAGAAGAUUUGCCAGUUGACACCAUUGUUGCUGUCUAUGCCGAAGGUAAGGAAACCGCCUUGGCUAUCGGGAAAUUGAUCAUGAGCACAGACGAAAUCAAGUCAAAGAACAAGGGCAUUGGUAUUGAAUUGGUUCAUUAUUUGGGUGAUGGGUUGUGGAACAUUUCCACUGAUUAGAUAAAUUAGUAUAUAAAAGAAAAACAUUAAAGAGAAAAAAAGUAUAAUGGACGUUAUCGUGAUGUAGGUAUAUAUUGUGUGGGUUGGCCGGCUGGCCACUUACAGUGUUAUAAUAAUAUAAUGAUUUGCUCCUCGGAGAACUCUUCCCUAUAGAGUCUUUCUAUAAUAUAAGG